CUUCAAUGAAUCAUCAUACAAAUGUUCUCUUGCAGAAAAUGUUUCAUUUCUAAAUUGUCUUUGUGUGCUGGUGGAGUUCGGAGGUUGAUGUUUUUGGAGUACAUGUGAAAUUAUUAUUAUUUGAACGUUCAGUUUGUGUAAAUAUUUUGACGAAAACAUAUUGUUUGAAAGUUUCGUGUUGUCAACAAAUAUCACAGCAGUUCUGUACAACUAUUUGAUGGUUCGUAAUAUAGAUGAUCGUAGAAUGGAGGCUACGUUUUAUGAAGAUUCGUAUCGUGAAGAUAAUAACGUAAACCAAUUGAAAUUGUCUAUGACCUUAGAUUUGAAUUGUGCAAUACAGCAAGCUAAAAAACCUAAAAUCAAUUCGCUACUUGCUAACAAUCCUGUGUUAUCUUCACCAGAUUUGCAUAUGUUGAAAUUAGGCUCGCCAGAGCUGGAGCGAUUGAUAAUAUCUCAUCAAAACGGCGUAGUAACAACAAUGCCAACACCUUCGGCCUUCAAUUUUCCUCAAAGCAAUGUCACUGAGGAGCAAGAAUUAUAUGCUAGAGGCUUUGUAGACGCUCUUAAUGAGUUGCAUCAUAGUGACAGUUCACAGGGCUUACAUGUUGGAGCAGAUCGGUCUGCAUCAAGCACAUCAGGUGGUGUUACAUACACAAAUCUCGAUCAAAGUCAUGCUCCCAAAGUAUCACUUUCUUUUCCGAUUGGAAGUGGAUUCUCCAUUGGGUUAGAUUCCAAUGUGGUAGUGAAAGAUGAACCUCAAACCGUGCCAAAUAUUAGUUCUUCUCCACCGAUGUCUCCUAUUGACAUGGAAAGCCAGGAAAAGAUUAAAUUGGAAAGGAAGCGACAGAGGAACCGAUUGGCAGCUUCCAAAUGUCGUCGAAGAAAAUUGGAGAGAAUCUCAAGAUUAGAAGACAAAGUAAAAACUUUAAAAUCUGAAAACACUGAUUUGAGUGCAGUUCUGAUGCGUCUUAAGGAGCAUGUGUGUCAGUUGAAGGAACAAGUAAUGGAGCACAUUAAUAGUGGAUGUCAAAUUCCCAUUUUGCAAUCACACUAACAAAAAUAUUACACAAUUAUUUUAUAUUCAACACUAACUGCUAGUGAUUAGUAGUUGCUUAUAUUAUAUUAUCUAUAUUUGUAUGUGUGUGUAUGUAUGUAAACAUUCAUAUGCCUAUAUUCAUAAUUUCUAU